UGUCGGCCCUUUGGGGGUUUCCAUUCUCUAGAGCCAUUGUGUGGUGCGCAGCCCUCCUCCAAGCCAGGCACUACAAGGGUCUAGCUAGGUCAAGUGUCUGACCCCUGUCGCCCUUGCCGUUACCGCGUAAAUACCUGGUGCCCGGGUACGGAGGGUAAAAUACUGUACUGCCCGUAAUGACAACCGACCCCACCAAACUCUCGGUUCUUGGGUCUCCCUCUUUUCCACUUUUCCUUCUCUUCGCAACGUCGUUUGGCGCAACCGCGAAGCAAGACCCGCAGCCGGCACCUACACUAAAUGGGACCUGCGCAAGCUGCACUCGGUUGGGACGGAAGUUACUCUGUUCCUGCUUCCCAGGUCACCCACCCAGCUGCGCCUUUACCUCCGUUGGGUCGUACAGUACAGCACCAAGAUCCAAAUCCGGGUCCCUCCCGUCUUGCUUGUGUCCCCUUGCCCUUCCUGUCCUUCCUGUCCACCCUGUCACCCUGUCCUUCCCUGCGCCUUCUUUCAAGACUGCAUCUUCCGCAUUAGCCUGCAGCACGCAGAUGAUGCCCCAGUCAGUCAUUCUGAGCUAGGUGUAGUACCGUACCUUAGCUGGUAUCGUACCUUCGCCUGUAGGGUAGGGUACGAAGGUACCCACCUCCUUACAUUCUCCAUUCUGGAUGAGCGUCACUGCUGCCUUCACGCCGCAGGCCUUCCAGCCACUCCCGUCCGGAUGACUUGCGAGACCUGCGCAGGCCGUCCGGGGCCUAUA